UCUGCCAAGGAAUGUGGCUAAAAAAAGAGAGAAAAAACACAACAGUGGAAUAGUUAGGAGGGCCCCUUCCGAUGCAGCGUGCUCUGAGCUCCAGGCAGAUACCAUGAAGCGGUAGCAGCGGCUGGGGGAUCCCCCUUCUACCAUCUCUGGACCAGGACACUAAUGUUCGACCCUCUAGCAAGCGGCUAGAGAAGAGCGAAGCCGCAUAGGAGAGUUAGAGGCUCUGAGGGCUUCGUUGCUGCUCUCCUGAAGGCUGAUCCACCUGCACCUUUAAUAUUUAUUUCCCCCCCUCCUCUGACCUAAAAUGCUGACGAUAAAGUUGCCUCAGAUAUUCAGGGUUCAUCAAGUACCUCGUAUCUUCUGGGAGGAUGGCAUCAUAUCCGGCUACCGCCAUCCAAAGAGCUCUGCCUUGGACUGCAUCCUGAGCUCCUUCCAAAUGACCAACGAGACUGUCAAUAUCUGGACCCACUUCCUCCCGACCUGGUAUUUUGUGUGGCGGUUCCUGGGGCUCUCCUCCUCCCUGGAUUUCUGCAGAGAUGCCUACAACUGGCCUUUCCUCGUCUACAUGUUGCUGGUCUGCCUGUAUCCCUUCACCUCCAGCUGUGCCCACACCUUCAGCACCAUGUCCACCCACGCCCGCCACAUCUGCUACUUCUUUGACUAUGGAGCCCUCAGCCUCUACAGCCUGGGCUGUGCUUUCACAUAUGGAGCCUAUGCGAUGCCAGACCGUUGGGUUAACAGCACUUUACAUCAUUACUUUGUACCAAUGGCUGCUUUUAAUUCAUUUAUCUGCACCAGUCUGUCUUGUUACUCCCGGUUCCCGGAAUUGGAGUGUCCCCGGCUGAGCAAGGUUUUACGGACAACAGCCUUUGUGUAUCCCUUUGUCUAUGACAAUAUCCCACUGUUUUAUAGGCUUCUGUUCUGCUUCGGGGACGGCUGCACCUGGAACGAUGCCGCCGUGGGUUACUUCUACCACCUAUUCUUUGCCCUGCUCACCGGCUUCCUCUUUGCCUCCCACCUGCCGGAACGCCUAGCGCCCGGGCGCUUUGACUAUAUUGGGCACAGCCACCAGCUGUUCCACAUCUGCGCAGUGGUGGGCACCCACUUCCAGCUGGAGGCCAUUCUGUCGGACGUGCGCUCGCGGCAGGCCUGGCUGAGCACCCGGGCCCCGGCGCCCGCCUUCUCCGCCACCUUCGGCACCGUCAGCCUGGCCCUGCUGGGGAACCUGCUCAUCAUCGGGGGUUUCACCGUGGCCCUGCUGCGCUGGCCGGGCGGCGCCUCCAUCCUGCAGAGCACCGUGCCCGAGGCAGGCCGACCCAAGGAGCAGUGAUGCCCGCCCCCAGAGACAGCGGCUCGGAGUAUAAACUCUCUCUCUCGAUCUCGCUCAGUGACCCGUCCAAGGAGAAGUCCAUUGUCCCCUCACAGGUGAUGCUGGUAGAGGGUUUGCGCUGCGGCACGUUUCUCAUUUCCGCUCUCCUGUCGCGUUGACUCUUCGCUGAGCUUUACGUCCUGGCCAAAAUCUGCCUCCAGAUCCCUCCCCGAGGAUGUCUACGCGGCAAACUGGAUGCUGUGAUUACGCAGCCCGGGUGGACAGAGGUUAGCUGGAGCCGAGCUAGCACGAGUCUGUCUACCCUGCGCUGCGACUCACACCUCCCCCUGCAACGCAGACAUCCCCGCCUGCCCCUGGAGGAGCGAACAGCGCUCAGAAUCUGCCCCGGGGAAAUCCGUGCGCUCUGAGACAUCAGCUUUGUGGCGAGAGCGCUGCAUGAAGCCAGCCCUGCCAAGCCCGGCCCAGCAGUGGGGGAACUUGUCCUGGAGAGUCCUCAACCGCCAUCAGUCCGGAGGGACGUAGCUGAGAUACUCUGGAGGGGUUACGGUGUGUUUUUAUAGGGCCUUCGCGACAAGGCCAAAUCAUCCGGAGAGGUAAAGGGGGGAGAUGUUGAGGUUUGAGUUGGUAAAAAGCGAAUGACCCAGCCUGGGCUCGGGGUGACAGUUAUUCCUGGGGGGUGCAGAGCUGACAGGAUGCUAGGAAUCGGCCCUAGGCUGGCAGAAGGGUGGCGUAGCCAGGCCAGCAAGAGGAGUAGUUUGAAGUGGUUCCCAGUAGGUGUUGAGGAGGAGCUAGUCGAGGCAGCGAAUACAGUAGCCAAAUUUGAGGCCUGAUCAUUUUCCACACCUCUCCCGGCCCUCGCAUGAGUGUGAGACGCUCCCGGAUCAGAACGGUGGCGGUUUUUCACUAGUGCAAGGGACGGCAGGAGGAGGGGAAGGGGCGCAACAUAGAAUCAAAUCUUAAGAUGCUUUAACACCCUUGCAUGGUGCUUAUGUCCUUCUGUUUGCAGGCGCUAAUAUCAAAGGCUAAUUAAAAAGGCAGGUGGGAAGACCUUGUUAAGCAAAGAGAACAAACCCCCGAGGGCUUGGCUUCUUUGGGGACUCUCCCGGACUCUGUUCCCCCCUUUGGGGAGGCACCUGUCAGUGUUUCCCACACCCCCAUUCUCUGCACUAGAUUAGGGUUCUGUGCCGAAAUCACGGGCGAUUCACCUGCUUCGAAUAGGUCUUGAAUUCGGUUCGUUGCCUCUCUCUGUGCUGCCUCUAAAGGGCCCAGCAACUGAUCUUGGCUCUUCAGCGAGCGGGGGGCGGGGGGGUGUUUUGUAGGGAUCCUGCACUCCUGGAAUCAAUGUGAGCUUUGCCCUUGACUCCAGCCUGUGCGGGAUGUGCACACACCGGCCUGUCUAGAAGGCUGACUAGUCUGGAACUCCCAGCGGCAGGGCGGCGCCAGGCCCCUAGCGGGUCGGAGCAGGGACCUCGUCUUUCUCCACCCACCGACCGACGGAUCAAUUUCCAAACAAACUGAAACUGCUCCACGGGGCUGGCCAGACUCCCAGUGGGCAUUGGGUUCUUUGUGAUCUGGGCUGCUCCCAGCUGCUGCACCGGAUCAGCCCAAAUGGCUUAGCCCUGACGCCCAGUACAGAAGACAGAGGCAGACACCCUGGGUCUCAGGUGGCCACCUAGUCUGUACUGUCUUGUUCCUUCCCCUCCUUGGCUUGGCUUGUGGUUGCCUUUUUUCACACUAAUAAUUUUCGCAAGGCUCCCCUGCAGUUACUGACCCAUUGCCACACCGUUUUCACUAGAUCUGACCUCUGUCUGGUCUUGUAGCCCAGUCCUCGUCCUGUAUCAGGUUCGCCCCUCGGUGCAGCAUCUCGGCCUGUGUUCUCCUAAGAGCGAUGGGUGAUUGUCUGUUUCAAUGACAGGCAGUGUGUGUCAUCUUCCCACCCCUGCGAUCCAGGCUAUGUUUUGAGAAGCCUUGGUGCCUUCUGUCCUAGAUCGGCCUCCGUUUAUCCAGAGGCUGGGCUAAGUCCUCAGCUGGCGUUAACUAGCAUUGCUCCAUUGACAUCUGCUGACGCACACCGGCUGAGAAUGGGGGCACCUGUUGUAGUUUGGCGCCCCGGCAUUAUCUACUGCUGUAACAAUUCACCUUUGCCUCUUAAAGAACCCAGGUCCCCCUCUGGUUAUCUUGAGUUCCUCGGGAGAACCUGGAACGCAGAUAAAUGUCUGCACGAAGCCGGUGUAGCAGGGGGUAGAUUUACAGCAUUAAAGCUCUUGUGUGCUGCAAGGGGCUGCCUGCGAUUCUGCUGUGCUCCUGGUAUUCACCCAUGUGUAGAAUGGAUCCCCGCCCCCCUGCCUGAAUUCAGGGACGUGGUUAUCUGGGGGUUAGAUCUGGAAUACUGUGGGUGUGGGUCGGUCUGUCUGUCUGUCCGGCAGGAGGUUGUCGUUCCAGUGAGAAUGAGAUCUAGUGGUCAGAGCAGGAGAUCUGGGCUGGGGUCAGGAGUCUCCUGUUCUAGUCCCUUGACGGUGCUGUUGCUGACUCGCUGUGGGCAUGAGGCUGCAUUGCUCUGUGCCUGUACAGAAGGAAUGGCCCAAGCGCGGGGCCGUGCAUGGAUGUGUGAAGCUCCUAGUCCCAGGUGUAGUUAUACCUCUGCGUAGAGGUCCCGAUCCUGUGAAUCCCCCAUAGCUAAGGAUUCUUCACCCCUACCCGGGAUCGGGGCUGGAGGGAUGUUUUUCUGUGGAGUAGAGCGAACGGCUCCUCUCUG